AUGACGUACCCCAACCGAGGGGUCCUGAAGGCAGCCAUGGGACAUUACUUAACAGAAAGUGCCCGGACAGCACUUGAAGCCAUGGAACCUGAAGAGGAUGUAAUAGAAUUGGGUCCUGGGAAACAGAUGCCAGUUGUGGGACCUAAUCAAAUUCUGGACAUGCCACUUUUCACCAAGAUCCCACUUCUGCCUGGCUCCAACACCAUGUUUUACAGAACAAACUUGGGUGAAAAGCUUUAUCAGCCAUCAGCUACAUUUGAUCUGAAUGACCCAUACUGUAAGAUCAUGGCCCCUAAAUACAAAAGUCUUCAUGACCCCCACUUGCGUGCUUACUACAAGCGUAAAGACAAUCUCCGGAGACUGAAAAAGUCUGGCCUGAUCACUGACAAAAACAAAGUUGUGUGCACCUUGAAGGAAUUUAAUGAAUAUAGGCAGUAUUUGACCUCCCGCAAGCUGGAGUUUGAAAAACACUACCUAAAAGAACAAAAAAUGCUGGAGAAACAAGUCACAAAGUUGCAAGACACUCAUUCUCUUCCAGAGGCUAUAGAAACCUCAAAAUACCGAGACUGGCUAUUGAAAGAAGAAAGACCUACCAUACAGGAGCAAGAGAAUGUAAUGAGAAACAGGGUGAUUAUCUGUGGGGUCCUUGGUGCAAUGAUGGUGUCACCUAAUUUGGAAUGGAAAAAAAAAGAAAUGUCACUUUUAAUGAAAAUUGGUGAUGAUGUUAAACGAGAAGCGAGGAUUGAAGAACAGCAACGGAAAACCAAGGAAGAAAAACUGAAACGGAAACAAGUCAUGCUAGAGAAGAAAAUGGCACACCAGCUGAAGAAACUGCAGAAGCAAUUCCAAAGAGAGGGCCUAUUGCCCUCUUCCAUAAUCUUCCCUGUGAGCACCCCUGAAAACACGAGCUUGUCAGGUAAAAAAGAAGAAUACCCCUAUAAGAAAAGUGUAGAAGACAUUAAUGAUACUAUGGAGCUGGAAAAUGCAUCAAUUAGUCUCCCUGAUAAAGAAUCGCAAUUUUCCAAAGAUGUGGGAGCAAAACUUCCUGCUGUGGAUCCACUGGUUGUGGAAGCAAGACUUCCUGUUGUGGGUCAACUGGAUGUGGAAGCAAGACUUCCUGUUGUGGAUCCAUUGGAUGUGGGAGCAAGACUUCCUGUUGUGGUUCCGGUUGUGGGCCUGGAGGAUAUUCCAGUAACAGUGGCAAGACUGGUUGCUGUGGAUCAGCCGGGUGUGGGAGCAGCAGUGGAAAAGCAGGCGGUGGUUAUGAUUCAAGUGGAAGCAGCAAACACGGAACAAGCAAUAGCAACAACAAGCACAUUUUCUCAUGCUCAGGUGGUAUCUUCUUCGGAACUGAAUAAAAUCAUCCAGAAUAUCAUGACAUGGGUAGUGUCAGCAGUUACAAGUAUCCUCUAUCCCGCUCUCACCAAAUUUGAAGAGAGGGUCAGGACACGGGUGUACACAAUCUCUGAGGAGUCUGUAGUAUCUUCAGAGAAUUCCAGCAGCUGCACCAGUUGCAAUGAAGAUCUUUGUGAAAGUUAUGGGGGCCUCCCAUCUUUUGCCAGUAGGAAAGUCAGCUUUACUAACACAAGCAUGAAACCUACCACCAGCUCUCCGAGUGAAUUCCGUUCUACUAGUGGGAAGCCAGUCUCAACCUCUUUGCUUUCCUCCAAGUCUUCCUUUACCUCUUUUACCAAGAGCACUCACCUGUCUCUAGAUAGUGAAAUCCUUAAGGGAAAAUUUAAGAGAGGAAAAACAGCUGUUUUUUUCUCUCCAUCUAAAGACCAUGGUCUUCUGUCUACCACACCGAGCAUGAAGAGUUCCAAAUCAGACAGUCAUCUCUCUCAGUUGCAGAAAAGUUCUACAGAUGAUCCAGAAAACGUUAGUACUUUAUACCACAGCAAACAGAAGCACAGAAUGCCAAAAGGGCUCCUUUGUAAACCCGAAACGACAAUGACCACUGAUUCAGAAGAAUUGCCCUCUACUGGAGGGGAACAGAACCCACCAGACUGUUCUGCUCACCAAAGGGAGCCCAUCGAUGUGAAGGACCUUAAGUGUAUUUUCAGUGACCUGAAGUUGCCUCUCGCCAGAGUCACCGCAGUGAUUCUGGAUGACAUUUUCAAAAAAAUACUAGGUGACCUGGGAUGUACCGCUUGUUCUGUCUCUAUUUCAAUGGAAGUCCUUCUUGAAUCCAUAUCAGAUAGCUUGCUAGGCAGCCAUUCUGCCGAGCCGCCAGUGGCUGGUUCGGUUUCAAGGGUGGCCAGUUUUGUCGCCAAUGAUAUUGUUGAAAAUGUGCUCAGUAAACUCCACUGCACCACUCAGAAGAAAUACUUUGAAACCAUUUCCAGAGAUGACUUCUCCACGGAGUGGAAAGCAAUGUGCCUGGCAGCCAGUGAGAAAUAUACUGACCCGGAUCCAACUUUUUGGAGGGCUCAGAUGCCCCUCUCCUUUGAGUCUAUGCUGGGCGUUGCCGAGGAGAUUGUUCAGAUUAUUAUCGACAAACUGAAGGUCUUUGCUAUGUCGAGCCAAACCAAAGUGUCCCAGUUUGAACUCUUUUCUAAAAUCAAAGCAAUUGGCAUACCGCUCGAACAACUGUAUGCCGCAGUUCCACCGCACACGGCAGAAUCCGAAGCAGCGAAUGCCAUUGUGAAAGACACAAUUCGGAAGAUAGUUUCCAAAACGGUUGCUUCUUCAGAGACAAACAUCCUUCAAUACGUGGAAGAGAUGAUUGGCAACAUCCUAUGCUACAUCCAGCGUCAGGUGAGCCAAGAAGAAGUUACUCCAUCCACAGAGAGCUCAGUUAUCCUCCAGAUCAUUAACGAUGUAUUCAACGAUCUAAGUACUGAAAAACUGAGGAUUCUCUCUCCAUCAGCAAAACCCAGUUCUUGCCCCAAGAUACAAAUUGAGCCUCCUAGCCACAAAACUUAUGAAACAUCAGCUGGAGGGGUGACCAUUAAAACACUUUUUACAACAGAGAAAAAUGUAAGAAAACCAUUUCCUCCUGUUAAUGUUCCUGGCAUGGUAAUUUACGCUGAAGCUGAACAGGAAGAAAAAGACAAGCAGCAUCAGGAUGGGAAAUUAAAAACCAACAAGGUUCCAAAGCCUGAAUAUGAAGGUUUUGGUCUUGAACCACGACAGAGAAGCAGGUCUCACUCCAAAUCUGCUUUGCAGGAUGAUGGGGAAUUUCUGGACGACGAUACGACGGGUCAAUCAAAAUAUCUGCAGAAAACAGAAAGUACCUUGGAUACUCUUGUGCAAAAUGCCAUUUUUUGUUCUUUGGAAAGUCCAGAAAAUGCUACACUUUCUGCUGACCCAGUGUCAAAGGCAAGACAAGGGACAACAGCUCCUGAGUGGACUUUAGAGCAGAUCAUGAAACAAAUGGAAGACAACUUUAAAGGGGAAGAACAAUUGCCAAUCAUUGAAACAGUGCAGAAUCUUUUAAAGGAAACAUUCCAGCAUGUUUUGGCAGAGCAAACAGCAUGGCCCCCCAGUGUUUCUCCGUCAUCUCUUUCCCAAGUGAACAUGAGCAGGCAACAGGCAGAGGGGCAACCUGCCUCCAAGGGACAAAGUGAAAUACUUGGUCAGAUUCUAAUCUCGGACGCAGAAAUCCAUGCUUUUACAGAUGAUCUGGUAAAAUCUGUUUUCCAAAUUCUUUCCCGCAUGGCUCAAACCGACAUGCAAGAUGUCAAGAGCAGGCAAGCUAGCCUCGUUUUCACUGAUAUCCUUCCUCUAAGUGUGUCAAGAGAAUCUGGCAAAAGCCUACCAACAGUGCAUUUCAGGGACCCCGAGAAUGACUCAGAAUUUCCCCAGGAAGAAGUGCAGAGUAGCAGAAAAAUGCACAUUAGUCAGCCUGAACACCCAUCUAAGUCAGAUCUGGCUAAUGAUUUAGUGCAAAUGUUUAUAGCAAAACUGGAAUCCUUUGUCAUAUCCAAAGUGGAAUCUCAGUUAUGCUUGGAUGUGCAAAACUUAAAAAUGUCAAUUAGUUCAGACUUUUCCUCGGCUUUACAAGAAGAAUUCAAAAGAAUUCUAGCCAAUCAACAUGGUAAUUUGCCUAAUUGUUUAGAGGAUAUUUUUAACUCUUACAAUAGUUCUAUUUUAGCUGCAAAAGAAAAACCAGAACAGACAGUAUCAUUGUCUUUCUCAGAUUUAAAAUCAUAUGCCAGUGAUGUGGCUAGGUUGAUUUUGAAAAAUCUAAAGCACGAGCUGGAUAAGGAAGUGGAUAAAAUUUCAACUCCUCCAGUUAUAUUCUCUGAAAGCAUAGCUGCUACCCAAAUUGUCAGCAUGGUUUUGACUAUUUUUGCCCCCCAAGAACAUAUUUCUGAAGAAGAGUCCUCUUUACCACGGAAAGAAAGCGUAUUGGAAAAGGUUUUCAAGAAAAACCCUACCUAUAAAAGAGAUCUUCAGACCCAAAUCCAAAAUACAGUGGAAACCCUUUUAAAUGAAAUCUUUCAGACGAUAAUGUUAGAUAUGGACAAUUCUGGAACGGGGGAAUUACAGUUUCGCAAGGCUGCAGAUGGCAGCACAAAAAAAUCAUUGUCCAACCCAGCUGGGGUGAAAUCUGAUGCUUCGCUGGUUUCCAACGACUUGGUGGAUAUUGUGUUUGAAGAUCUGAGUUCUGGUCUUGCAGCUGCUAUGAAUAUGAAGGGGGCACUUUCAUCUCAACUCCAGUCCCUCCUCUAUGAUUUUGUGCAGAAGACAGUAGAGCCUCUGGCACAGUUGAAAGAAUGUGGAUCCAAGGCUGGACACAAGAGUCGUUUUCCAGAUCCCAAAAGAAGUAAGCAUCAAGUCCCUGGCGUAUCAAAAGCUGAGAAAUCAUCUGGCAGAAAACUGGUGGAAUUUAGCGCUAAGCAACUUCCAGAUAUAAAAGACUUUUCUCCCGAAGGCAUAGCAAAAUAUUUAGUUGAUAAUGUCUUCCUCAGACUGGAAUUGUUUGUUGAAGAGAAACUAGAAUCUGAACUGGGAAUGGCUACUAAGCAAGUAAAGCCAUCUUGUCUUGAAAGUGGAUAUGCAACAUCAAGUGCACAAAAAGCCACAGCGCUCAGAACAGGCAACCACUGCGAUAAAGCAAAAGUAGCAGUUCAGGACUCUCAAUAUAAUUUAAGGCUCUGUGCUGAAAAGCUGACUUGCACCAUUGUUAAAGUAAUUCAGAAGGACCUGGAGCGGGAGAUGCUUUCUUGUCAAAAUCUCCUCCCCCAUGAAGAAAAUGCUUCUGCCAACGAAAUUAUGAAUGAUCUCCUCAAGAUCAUCACUGUUCAGAUAGCCUUGACUGAAAAUGAGAUUCAAAAAAGAGUUCUGAAAAGGAUUUUUCAGAAACAACAACCUGGACAACAUGGAAGUUUUCCAUUGUUAGCAAGUGUGGAAGAUGUUCUCAACCAAGUUACUCAGCGGAUAAUGGGAGAUCUGGGACUUCUGUCCUCUUUUAAUAAUGAUUCUGUAUUUUUUAAUUCUGAACCCAAGUCCUCACACUAUAACAGGAUGAUGGAGUCUGCAUCUCAGACAAAUGCUUGUAAUGUAGCUGGUGAGAUUGUGGAUGGAAUACUUAAUAAGAUGUAUUCAGCAGUUGUGGACACGCUGUUUAGCUCAUCAAAGUUAGAAACAAAUGCUUCAGGCAGCAUUAAAGGUUCAUCCGACAUCCAAAAGAUUACUCUGGCAGUAUCUCAACUCCAACCCUCUCCACAGUCCUUGAGCGAAGAACUCAUUCAAAGCGUUUUGAAUAAAAUUGCCUGUUUUGCUGCAUCUCAUUUGGAAGAGGUCCUUCCAUUGUCUGUGCAACAGAGAUGGAAAGGACAGUCAUCUUUUCAAUGUGACAUGCAAGCCGGCAGUAAGACGACAAGUAGGCCAAGAGCAACGUCAGAUGAUUCGGACAGCUCAUUCCUGAGAGGCACUUUGUCAAAAUCUGACUUGACAGUAUAUGCCAAAGACGUAGUAAGCAAAGUUUUGGGAACUAUUAUUGAUGAAUUCAAAACAGAAAAUUAUCACAGAACUAUAUUUCAAGUCAAUACCUUGUCAUCGGAGCAGAUCUCCAAAGCAAGUGAACUCAUAAAUUCUGUCGUGCAUGAUCUACACACUGAUGACGCGCAGUGUCCUCACAUGCACAAACAGACUUCUUUGAACCGUUCCCAAAUUGAUGGACUUCCUUCUACCCAGAUGUUCUUCCAGUUUGAAAUGACAACUAAAGACAUCCAUGGAAAACCUAAAUGCCUCUGUUAUGAAGAUUAUGCAUGCUACCUUAAUCAAAUCCUUCCAAAGCAAGGCAUAUUAAGAGAAAUUUUUGAGCAGCAGCCUAUGACAGAUGAAAAUAUAAACGAAACCCUAAAAAUGCUGCAGGUGGCUGAGAAUAUUGUAAGUGAGGUUUACAUGAGAAGUCGAGAUCUAGAAUCUUCUGUUUGCAUUUUGAAGAAGAUUCAAGGUGAGCUCAACGAGCGGCUAUUCUGUUGUAAUUUUAAAAAAGGUGAAAGCUGUAGGCUUUUUCACAGUGAUUCUCAGGCAGAGAUUGGCUCAGUUGCCAGAGAUAUUGUAGCCAGCGUGUUUGAAAAUGUCCAUAGAUGUUUAUUAUGCAGCAUUCCUACUUCUCAAGAUAAAUGCAGCUUUUUGGGAAGAAAAGACCAGGCAGGACCCAAAGGAUGCGCAAAAAAUCCGAAAAAUCAAUUCACUCAACCCGAUUUUUCUUAUUUUUCACUGAAAAAUGCUAUGGACACAAUUGAUAAAAUAGCCAAGGAAACAGUUGAAUGUAUUGUCAUCACACUGGAGACUUUUGUGACUCGAUAUUUUAGACGGGACUUUAAAUGUAACUUCUUGGACAUAGUGAAGUUCCCAUUAGAAAGCCUUUCUUUUGCACAACUGACACGCUCCUUAGAUUCUCUUUCAGGUCAUGUAGGAAACAUAGCAGAGACAACGGUAGAAGGCUUGCGAAAUAAGCUGCAGGGAGAGGCAGGGAAAGGAACAUUGCCUACUUUAGGAUCGACCCAUAACUUUCUGGACUUUACGAAGUUGGGUGGUGCAGUCACCAGGGAGUGCAUUGAAACGGCUUUCCAUCAGGUGCAAAUGCUCCACUCUGAAUUGAGUGUGUAUGCCAACAAUGCGGUCAGCAGCAUUCUUGAAAUCAUUAAGCACACUUUGGACCGGGAGCUAGCCCAGAAGGAGGCCAACGUACUUAGCAGCUCUUCUGAAAGCUUGGUGGUAAGUGAGACUAUAAGUGUCAUGUUGGAUCGUUGCAAUGAAAGCCUUACUGAGAUCACCUCUGAAUUAAUGGUGGAGAACCUGCAGCUAGAAAUGUCAGGCCGAGCAUUUGCAAAGGAAAGGGCUCUUGCCCAGAAUCAGUUUAAAUCACCGAAGGUGAAGACAACUUCUAAACUGUUCAGAAGGGUAGAUAGUUUCCCACCAAUCAAUGUUCCUGGCAUGGUAAUCUACUCAGAGGAGGAGACUGAAGUACAAGAAGAAGCCCCAGCUAAAUUUCCUUCUGUCUUUAAGUAUUCUGAGUGGGAUGCUCACGGUGCAUCAGAGAGAGAGAAAGGACGAUCAAGGCAUCCCAGAAGACGAAGACAGGAUAAAGGUCAAGUCAAACUAGGUUGUCUUGAGGAAGAUUGGCUUCCCCGACAAAGCUCUAUCCCCGAGGGAAGCAUUUUGGAAAAGCUAUUUAAGAAAACGGCAGACUGUGAAGGUAGUCCUAAGCAAGCUGGAAUGGGACAUCAGAAGAAAGCCAAACCCCUUCCUCACCAUGAAUCCUUUGCAGGGAAAUAUCCUUUCACAGGUCCAGAAAGCACCUGCUAUUCUGCCUACUGUCCCCUGAAGCUCGGCCAUACAGCUGAAUCCAUUGUCAACGCUCUCCUAUGUGAGUUUGGAGUGGAAGAUGAGCCUACGGUGCAAAACAGCUACAGUGAGAAAUCCAGACAUCUUUCUCCGUUGAAGGAAAAAUCUCACCUGAGAUCUUCGUGCUCCUCCAAAUGUGUACAACCAAAGCAGAAGAAUCAAAGCUUACUCAAUCGCUGGGAAAUCAGGUUGAGUGAUUCUAGUGACAAGACCCUGACAGAGGAAAGCUGCCUCCUGCUGGACAGUGGCAGCCUUCUCUCCAAAUGGGAGAGUAAGCAGCAUAUCUUCAAAUGCAAGAGUCCAGAGAAAUAUAAAGAACUAGAACUUAUGGCUUGUUCUCCUGUUCCAGAUCCCUGUGAGACUCUUCUGCUAGCCAACCACAUUGUUUUGAGUGUCAUCAAAGAACUGAUUACCUUCCAAUCUAGAGAUCCUUUGGAUGAAAUGUCCUGUAGGAGCUCUUUGCCAGCAUGGAAACAAGAACUAAUCCAGUCUGAAUCAAAGUGGCUUCAGGAUCAAAUAUGGAGGAAUACAUAUCUGCCUUCUGGUAGAAAGCAGUCAUCAUGCCAUGAUGUGUUUUGGGAACCUCUGACUCAAGCUGUUCUUUCCAAUGUGCUGUACAGCAUUUCAAGUCCCAGUGCACGCCACAACAUGCCAGAAAGAAAUGAAUUUUGUGAAAGGUCCCUUUCAAUGUUUUGCUCUGUGGAUGCUUGCUGUCCUGUACAUGGCCUGAGAUGCUCUAAAAGCCCUCCAAUUAACAUUGAAGAGUUAGCAUUCCACAUUUCUGAGGUUAUCAUCAAUAGCAUGUGUGAACGAAACAUUUUGCAAGAGAGUUUCAACAGAAAAGGUUUUCAGACAAGGAGAUCAAGAAGAAUUUUUGUCCCACCUCUGUGUUUGGCUGACUUUGAUAAUGUUUAUCAACCUCUUGUGAAAGAAAUUAACAAUGUAUUGUUAUUGGAAAUUGAAAUGAGAAGCAGAUGUACACACCAAGACAGGGUUGGCGAUAGCUUCUCUCAACAGCAUUUGAUUUCUUCACCACGGUUAAGUAGAGCUUCUAGGGGUGAUUGUAGAGGCGCCAGUGAUGUCAGAAGGAUGUCCUGUCUCUCCACAAUGGAUCAACUAGCCCUUAAAAACAGGAGGCUAAACAAUGUUGCUUCUAAUUUGGACACUUUCAUCCGUAGCCUGAAAACCAGUGAGUCAAAAAAUAUUGUCAACAAAGUUCUGCACAUCAUUUUAGAUUCGUUAUGGCCCGACCAGUCCCAGAAUGAUUUUGGCGGGUCCUACCCAGAUGCCUUCUCUCAAAAUAUGAUGCCUUAUCAAAAUAUGAAUAGAUCAACUAAAAAACAGUUACUUUAUUCCUCGAUGUGUCCACAUGCUUGCAAACUUAGUAAUGACCUAUUUAACAGCAACUUGGGUCUGUCUCCCAAGUCUGUUGUCCUCUUGGAUGUUGUGAGUGAAAAGCUGAUCCGGGCACUUUUGGACAAGUGCCUCUUGACCGAUAAUUUUUCGAGCAGUUUUGCUUUUGAUGAGUUUCCAGAGAAUGAACAGCUUCGUGAACUGAGGAAGUGUGACGAUGAAGUCUUGCCCUAUUCAUAUAAAGAGUUUAAAGUCCAGGACUCUGAGUCCUGCACCUCCCUUUUCACCUAUGACGUUAGAUACCUAGAGGAGCCAUGGGUGGACGCUCAGUCAGGAGUGUCUUCCUGUGAAUCAGCCCUGGAUGUUUUAGCUCACACACUGGUAAAACCUGUAAUGACAGAGCUUUCCUUCAACAUUGAGCAUCCCAGACAAAUGAGAACUUCUCCAAAAAAGAUGGUUGAAUUCACAAAGCCAUGCCCUAGGAAAGGACACGGUCAAGCAGUGAAUAAAAAGCAUGCCCGCUACGGUAAAAAUGAAUUGUGUUCCUCAUCACGAAGUAGAAGAUCAGAAUCUAGGGCAACUGGUCCAGGAAGGCGUCAUAUGAGAAAAAGAGACAGAAACCGGUCCGUCCUGGAUGCAGCAGUCCAGCGAAGGCCAGUUGUACCCAUCUGCACAUUACCUGCGAAAAAACCUUGGUUUGCAAGCUGCAAAAAGAAGUACUACAGAAAAGAAGUGAUGACAGUGACAGAACAUGGAGAUCAUCAUCAACUCCAGUCAGUUUUUUCUGCGAUUUAUUCCUCACUGUUUCUGGGGGACGUUGUUUCUCAGCUCUUGAUCAAGAUCUUUUCUUCACUGCGGAACAAGUACGAUCGAAAUUCUUGUAUCGACCUUCAUGAGAUGAACACAUUGUUUGUGCAUGCACUGCUGGAAGAAUUUAAGAAAGCCAGUGUUGGAGUCUUGCAGAGAGCCGAGGAGAAAGCAUACUUCUCCCCUGUGGACAGUCGAACUGUCAACAGAAUAACUGACUCCAUUUUAAGGGAGUUUGGAUUCCAGUUAGCUGCUGAGGGAGACAUGGAAAAGGACAUAGAGAAUCUGGCUGAGAGGGCAGCUGAAAUUAUCCUGACAGAAAUUUUGGAUUACCAGUUGCCACCAGCAGUGUUUAGGAGACUACCUCAGAGUGCUUUCAGAAAUCUUAAACCUGGGCCCAUCAUUAAAAACAUUGAGCUCUGUGUCUGCUUUCCUAAAGUAAAAAGGAGUAGGCCACCUCCUCCAACAUACGUUACUAUAUUGUCUGAGAAAUAUUUAGAAAGAGUAGUAAGUCGACUCUUAACUCAGCUGUUCCCACCCUCAGAGGACACUCCCUGCCACCAAGACAAAAGAGAUAUGUCAGACGUUGACUUUAAUGAGCUCUGUUCCUAUAUAAUCGAACACGUAAUGAAGUCCAUUUCAAAACACAAAAUCUGGGUAGCAAAAAAGGAUGAUCGAUGCCGAUUACAUUCAGAGAAAGAGAUUGAGAACAUGGUUGAUUCAGUCUACAGUAAUAUGUUAAAAAAGUCUGGCUCACAACUCUCCAUACAAAAGGAUGUGGAAUGCAGGAAUACUGCUUUUAUCGAUUGCAUGACCAGUUUCAUAAUUCGGGAAAUCACUAACCAUCACCUUCAGACUUUUCUUUCCAAAGAUGAAGACUUUUUGGAAAAUCCUGAGCCUGAAGCCUUGUCUGAGAAUAUCGUCAGGACGGUUUUGGAUAGCAUCAGUGAAUCUUCAGUGUCUUCUACUGAGGUUUUCCCAGCUAAGUUUUUAGAAGAAAUCGUUUCCAGAGUUUUAUCUAAAAUAUUUUCUGCUUCUCUAGACGAAAAGAAAAUGUCUAAAGGGCAGCCUGAAAUUGAGCUUGGUAAUGUGGUUAAAAGGAUAGCCAGUUCGAUCAACUUGCAAUUUGGCAGAGCUUCGGUUAGCGGGGUGAAAACAGGAGAAGAACAAUGCCUUGGAGCCCCAUUAUCCGCCGUCAUGGAUGAUGUGGUAGAUUCUGUAUACCACAAUAUGGCGAGAGAAAAACAGAUGGUUUUAGGCGGUGAUGUCAGCCGCAUAAGAAAGAAUAUAAUUUAUGACAACGUUAAAAGAUUGGUUGAAAAAGGCAUCUCUGAUUAUCUUUUACACCCUCUGUUUUCUGGAGAUUUGUCUAGAAUUUCGGGUUUACCUGCACUACAGGUUAGUGAUGCUGUUAGAGACAAGGAAUUCCACGAGGAUGAGAGCUGGCCACCAUUUAGCACCUUAUUAUCAUCGGGGUUCCUAAAAGAUCUCAUCACUGGUCUACUCUCAAGGAUUUUCCCUUCCAAACCACCUGGAGAUGCUUCAUCCACUUGGAAAAAAGCGGCCAUGUCCGAAGCUGACUUAAGCAAGCUCUCAACUCAAUUGCUCAAUGACGUUCGGCUGAAACUUCUAAAACAUGAAAUCAGAGUUAUAAAGGACACACACCCUGAACAGUAUCAAUAUUCUGAGGAGGAUGUUCAGAACCUGACCGAUUCUUUGUGCAGCAAGAUCAUACAGAAAUCGGGCUCCCUUGAAGCUGUCCAGAGAGAUGUGAAAAACAAGAGCAAUGUCCUUAUCGAUCAACUAGCUGGCUUUCUCGUUGGAGACAUCCUCCAACAGCACGUUGAAGCUUUUGUAUGCAGUGAGGAGGAGGAGGCUUCUGAUUGGGAUCGAGCUGCUGGAGGAGACUCUAUGGGAGGGUUAGACGUUUACAAAACUGCUAUCAAGCCCUUGAACCUCAGGGAAGCAAUCGAGAGAAAAAGUAAAAGUUCACCCACUUCUGUGCUGGGAAAUGUUAUUUCUGAAUUGCUUUCAAAAAUCUCUGAUAGAUUUUCAGACAUCCCUCUUAGUGCCUCUGGGGAAGAUGUGGGAGAGGUAGCAAUGAGGUUGGCAAAAACAGUUACGAAAGAGCUCGCAAAAGCUCACAUCAACUUUCAAGAGGGGCCUGACGAGACUCUUGGAUCCGCUCCACCAGAGGCAAACGUAGCAGACCAAAAUCCAUCUUACAAGGGUUCCAUAUGCAGUUCUCUGUCUAAAGAAGACAUAGAAAAUGUAGAGAAUGCUUUGCCUUGUCAAGCAACUACUCUAGAAAUGGAAGAAGCUGUAGAUUACCUGCUUCAUUCAGCAUGCCCAUCAAAUGUCUUAGAAGGAAAGUGCCUCAUCCAGGAAAACCUGAUGGAAGAACAAGGUGGCCCUCAGGAGGAGCCUUCAGCUUCGCCUUAUAUCACUGUGCUCUCUUAUCCAGUGUUGGACGCUAUCAUCGAUAGGUUAUUUGCCUACAUUUUCCCAUUAGCUUUUAGUACUAGUGCAGUGUCCGAUAAAGGAGAAGGUCUACGUGGAUCUGAAUUGCAAGACAGACUUGCCCAGUUUAAGAUGGACAUCAGGGCAAUGAUUUUGAAACAGGCCAUCUGGAUCAGCACUUACGGCAGUGAAAAAGAAACUGUUAUUUCAGAAAAAGCAAUUGAGAACAUGGUGGAAUCCGUGUAUUGCGAUGUCCUACAUGAGGUUCUGCUCCAGCAGCCUGUCUCAGAAGACAGAGAAAGCUUAAAUAAUCUGUAUGUCACGCAGAUAGCUUGUUUCAUUGUUAAUGAAAUGUUUAAGCAUCAUCUUCAGUCUUUAACAUCAGAAUACGCCCCACCUUAUGUAAACCACGACGAUAGGAUCAUUCCAGACUCUGGAAUAACUGUAUUUCCUUGCAUGGUCUUAGAAAAGAUGCUUAACCAGCUCUUGGAGAAAUUAUUCCCCAAUCCAGAGAACAUUGCUGACUAUGCUGGAAAAUCCGAUGACUUUUCUGAAACAGAUUUCACCGAGAUGGCUGCAAACUUGAAAAGCUGUGUUGUUACAGAGAUUUUAGCCCAUGAAGUCAAGCUAGAAAAUGUCUCGGAGCGAAUCCCAGACAUGGAUCGAGAGACUGAAGAAGACAUUGCUAAUUCAGUGUAUAAUGACAUUUUGCAAAAGUAUCAAUCUCAAGGCGAACUUCAAAAUACUCUCAUGGCUCAGGGCAACGGCACUGUGCCUGAAAUUGCCAAAUUACUCAUAAGAGAAAUUUUAAACUUCCACUUCCACCCAUUUUUAAGUAGCAAUGAUUCUUCUGAGUGUUCUAAGUGGCAAAAGGGAAGGCAGCAUGUUUCCAAGCGCAUCUAUUCUGCCCAGUUUUUAGAGGACGUGGUUGUUGCUUUCUUUUGCAAAUUCUUAUCUUCCCCUAAUAUUUUGGCAUAUUCCAAGGACACUAAUUUAUCAGAGAAUGAGAUGAGAAAUCUAGUUAUUGAACUUGUAAACGGUUUGGUCAUUGAAUUUAAAAUGUCAGAAGUUAAAGUCAUGCAAACCUCAGGGGAGAAUAUCUGCCUCCCACCAGUAGGUGCUGAAAAAGUGAUUGAAAUAAGUAAUUCUAUUUAUGAAAAAUUACUGCAACAAUUUGGGUCAGAGUUUGAGAUUUUUAAAGCUUUUCAAGCAAACAGCUGCCUGUUAGCAGAAAAACUGGCUCCCGUCAUAAUAAGAGAUAUUUCCCGUUUCCAGUUGUUGCCUUUGUUUACUGGCGACACUUCUCCAUAUUUGUUUUCAUUUGUGGAAGCGGAAACCAUUGUUGACAGAGUUGAAACUCUCCUCCCAGAACCGCCAUCCGCUGGUUCGGUAUUUGGAGAUAUAUUUGUCAAGAUAUUACAUCGAGUAUUUCCUUCUUGGCUCCCUGAUAGUAGAUCGGCUUCUCCUGAUCCAACAGUGAUUGAAGAACGGAAGAGAAGUCAUGCUAUGAGCCAUUUGAAGGAAGAACCAUGUUCUGAUGCCAGCAAAACGAUUGAAGACAUAGUACAAAAUAUUUGCAAAACAGUCUAUGCGAAGUCUGGCUCUCUGAACAGAAAACAGGAAAGCACAGCUGAAACAGGAUUUCUCAGUAAAACAAAACAAGGUUAUCAAACAAGACCCCAGUUAAUGCAGUUUGAGAAUGCAGGAGAUACUUACUCAGCCUCCUUCUUGAAGGACAUCUUUAGUGGAUUAAUUAGCAAAUUGCUCACAUCUACAGCCAGUGUUUGUAUGGUAGGGAAACAAGGGGCUGAGGCUGAACCUUCACUUAAAUAUUUAAUUGAAUCCAUCUUAAAGGAGUUUGCAAAAUCCCCAGUAAAAGUGAUACAAAUACCUGAAGGUGGGCAAACUUUCCCGGAUGUGGAAAAAGCAGAGAUUGCUAAAAUUAUCCAUGCUGCUUUAUGUAGCAUUUUGCAAGAUCAGAGAUCUGGAGUCCCAAUCUGCAUGAACAAGGAAAAUGGUCAGACACUCGCAGAAAAAUUGGCUGGUGCAGUAAAGAAAGAAAUUUUAGGCUACCAGAUUCAGGAAGUACAAUCAAAGAUGUUCCAGGAUCCAGCCUCUAAACCUUUUGAAUUUGGAGAAAUGGCUAAAAAUGUGUUCACAGAGGUGAAGAAAAUCAGUACUCCAUCCCAGAUGGACACACCAUGUCCAUUUCUCGUCUCUCAGAGAUUUAUUUAUGAUGUCCUUGCUUUCCUCUUAUCUAAAAUCCUCCCUCUUCCUACAACCCACUCUCCGUCUAUUGAUACAGAAGAGCGUUGUGCAGAGUUUGAUUUUAUUCACAUGAAACUCCUGAGCAAAGUGAUGGCUGAAAUCUCAAAAAACAAAAAUGCAGAGGUUAAGUAUCUUGACCGUGUGCCGCCCAACCGUGUGGUCAGUCAAACUGUAGCCAACUCAAUCUAUAACAAUCUUUUGCCAGAAUUUGGAAGCACUUCCGAUGUUCAAAAGUGUAUCAGAACUGGCUGUACAAUUCUUCUGGAGAGGAUUGUGGACAUUGUGAUCAAAGAGAUUUCUGGGGAUCAAAUGCAGAUGUACUUUUCAGAAGAGUUAAACCGACAGCAAGAAGCCAUUGAAGCUGAGAAAGCUCUUGAGGAUCAAUAUGGAGCUGAUUCAGAGCCAUCAGAGGCCCAGACACAGUUGCGAUCCCACCUGAAAGGUUUAUCCUCUCUAAUCUUAGAGGAGAUAGCUGUUAAACUUCUCACAAAAAUAUUCAGUUCUCUUCCUCUGGAUGAGGAGGAUAGAAGCAAUGUUGCAUCUAUGAAGGAAGUUGCAAGAAAGAUCAUUAAUUCCUUGCAGAAUCUCCUCUCAAAUGGCGAACUUAAAGUGUGGCAGCAUGAUGACUCAAGAAACUUAGCCUCAGAAGAUAGCCGAACAGUUGGAGAAGUGGUUGACUCCGUUUACUCGGAUAUCCUAAAACACUCCAGCUCUGAAACGUCUCUGUAUGAAGACUUAACUAACAGCAAGGAAGACUUUGCUAACCGAGUUGCCUGCUUCAUGGUGAGUGAGAUUUCUAAACAUGACUUCCAGCCGGUCGUCGACUCCGAGAAAGAGAUACCCAGCCCCAGUCUGAUAAAGCUGGAAUCUGAAAAAAUUCUCAAAAAAAUUAUUUCCGAUAUGGAAGCAGGGAAAAAACUAAAUCCCAUCCCAGAUACUCCCACUCUUUUUGUCUCUGUUGUUUUCCUGGAAGAGAUCGUAAGCCGCUUCUUGAUAAGAAUGCUAAAGACACAAUAUGACUUGGGAAUUCAUAGAAAGAAAAGGUUAUCCAAAACAGAUAUAAAGGAAAUUACUGCCCAGCUAAAAACAUCGGUGGAAAAAGAGAUAUCAAAGAGCAAGAUCAAUCUUGUAGCUUCAGAUCAUCAGGCAGUACUGAAUCCACAGCAUGAAGAGGCAGUUAACCAAGUUGUCCAUACUGUCAUCAGCAAUGUCCUGGAGAAAUCAGGGUCUCAGAAAGAACUGUAUGAGGACAUGACAACCGACCAGGCGAUAUUCCCAGAGCAAGUAGCCAGUAUCAUUAUCAAUGAGAUCUCCAGCAACAACUCAGAAAAACCUGUGCGCGAUAAUUCAGAAAACGAAACCUACAGUGCCCUGGAAUUGGACCGCAUUGUAAGCAAAGUCCUUGCUAAAGUUAACUCCCACAUGGAACUGGAGGAAGAUGAGUCUCUAUUAGAGCUCUCUGGCCUGUCAGAAUGUCGAGAUGAAUCCGCACCAGCUAACCCCUCGCAGACAGAUGACAUGCCAGUGAAAAUUGUCCCUUAUCUUGGUAAAAGGCCCCUGAAAGUUGACCCAGACAUAGUUGGAGACCAUUUGGCAGUGCUGUCCAUAAAAACAGAACCCCUGGAGAAACUGAAAAAGACAUGCUUAUCAAAGAUGGGUUUCAGUUUGGAAGAAUUAAGAAGAGCCUCUGCAUCAGGCAAAAGUCUCUCCCAUGGCCUGGGGGCUGCAAGUGUUCCUGAAGCCAAUAAAAAGAAGGAAAGACGCCCAUCUUUGGAUAUGACUGGGCGCCUUGCGGUGAAACCAAAGGAGCCUGUCUGCAGAAAUUCUUUCCAAAGCCUGAUAAAGCCAGACAUCACAAAAGUGGAACUGCUGAAGGAUGUGGAGAGCAAGCAAGACCUUAUCAUUCGCCUGGUAGCCCACGACAUUGACACACGGGACUACCCUCCAACCCAGAUUCACGAAGAAAUGACGAGUGAGAGUGACGAGGAGGAACAAAUUACCUCUGUCUAUCAGGACAAAAGUGUCAAAGUCCCAGGCUCUGCUUCACAGAGUCAGUCAGAACAAGAGGAUGCAAAAGUCACUGCAACCACUAGCCUUGAGGGAAGUGCAACAACCCACCGAUCUGUGUUUGAGAAAGUCUCCACUGCUCUUUCAAAAGUUUUCUCUCGAACAUCAACCAGCAACCUGACCCAAUCUGCAACAGUUGAAGAGAAACCCCCAGGGGAUUAG